AUGCUCGCACGCCUUGCGUCGCGCACGCUGCGCCCCGCGGCCAUCGCCGUACCCUCGUCGCUAGUGUCUCGGGCUGGGCCCCAGCGCGCGAUAUCCGUUCAGUCACUUCUGCACGGGUCCCCAGAGGCAAAGAGCGCCGGCGACGUCGAGGUGCAGCAGCACUCGCGGCUUGUCGCGCGGGGGAAGUACCUUCACGGGUUCGAGGUCCACAGGGUGCAGCCGAGCAAGGUCGAGGAGUACAAGCAGGCCGCGGAGAGAUACUACACGGGCCUGCGCGACGACGCGGGGCUCCGGAUCAAGCUGACGGGCAACUGGGAGACGAUCAUCGGCGAGCAGGACACGUUCUACCAUAUUCUUGAGUACGAGAACUACGCGGGCUUCGACAAGGCGUGGGAGAAGAUCCGCGGGUCGGAGCACGAACGCGCGUACAAGGCGCUGCUCCCGCACCUCGUCUCGCGCAACGCGCAGCUCAACCAGGAGUUCGCGUUCAUGCCCACCGCGCCGCCGCACGCGCGCGGCGGGAUCUUCGAGCUGCGGACGUACCAGCUGAACCCGGGCACGCUGCUCGAGUGGGAGAACACGUGGCGACGCGGGAUCGAGGCGCGCAAGAAGUUCGUGGCGCCCGUCGGCGCGUGGUACUCGCAGGUCGGCCGGCUGCACCAGGUGCACCACAUGUGGCAGUAUCCCGACCUCGAGACGCGCAAGGAGAUGCGCGAGCAGGCGUGGCAGCUCGACGGGUGGGCGGACACCGUGUCCAAGACGGCGCAGAUGGCGAAGUUCAUGGACUCGUACGUGAUGGUCCCGCUCUCGUUCAGCCCGCUCAAGUAACCCGCGACCUCGUGUGCGCGCGCGGAUCGGGCACGAUCGCAGCGGGAACUGGGGCGGCGGGGCGCAGAGCGCGGCGGGGCAGAGUCAUCAACGCCAAGUCUUUCGAGUCGCUGGGGUGUCCUGGCAUCUUGUAUCAUACGUCAUCCACAUCGAGUAUAUCUCUUUUGCCGAGCAUCCGAUCGGUGCCGCUUGACGCGGGUCGCAACGCAGGCGCCGAGCGUCAACUCCCUCGGGACCGUAGAUCGAUGCAGGUCAGCGUGCGUUCCGAGCGCGAGGGCGAGCGACCACGACUGAUUAGCAACUAGCAACGCGUGUCAUAUAUGGUGCAGCAGCUAAAUACACGAACGGGGUACACGAAUUAUAUAUAUGUUUAU